AUGUACGCCCUCGCCACCCUCACCACCUUCCUCGCCGCUCUGGCCUUGACCAGCGCCACGCCCCUUUCCGCCCUCGCCGAGCCAAUCCCGACGACGGAACUUGCCUCCAACCAAGGCGGUUUCCUUUCCUGCGCCCUGCUGCUCAGAAGGCUUCCGAGCACCGCGGACGAUGGCACGGUGGAGGUGUACAAUGAACAGGGCCUGCGGAUGCAUUUCGUGAGCUUGGCUGGUUCGGAGGAUGAGGCGGGCCAUUGUGUGUCAUGGUCGGGGCCCUCGGCGAGCUUCGCCUUCGCCAUCCUGCGGAAGAAGCCCACCUUCAACCGCCAGCGCAUGAUCUUCAGCUCAAUGACGCGCUACUACGACACUGGCAAGGCUCGCAAGCGCCUCAGCUACGCGCCCCUCGUCAGCCUGAGCGACGGUGUCAAGCGCACAGUGCGGUGGACCCUGGACCAGCAGGAGAAGGCCAAGCAUGCCGCUGCUGGGGCGAUGAAGUCAUGA